CAGGCACUGCACUCUCAAGCUUCUAAAACUCCAACUCUCUUCCCUUACAAGGACUCCCAAUUUUUUGCUCAAUACACACAACCUUGGGUUGGAGAAGAAGAUGGCCACAGUCACCACACAGGCCUCAGCUGCCGUGUUCCGGCCUUGCUCAUCGAAGGCCCGGUUCUUGACCGGCUCGUCGCCUAAAUUGAACAGAGAGGUCAGCCUCAAAGCUUUGCCAUCGACUUCAUCACCUGCUUCUUUCAAGGUUGAGGCCAAGAAAGGGGAAUGGUUGCCUGGUCUAGCCUCACCAGGUUACCUCAAUGGAAGCCUUCCAGGUGACAAUGGAUUCGACCCGCUCGGUCUCGCUGAGGACCCGGAGAACCUGAAAUGGUAUAUCCAAGCGGAGCUCGUGAACAGCCGGUGGGCGAUGCUCGGGGUCACAGGGAUGCUGCUCCCGGAAGUUUUCACCAAGAUUGGCAUCAUCAACGUGCCCACCUGGUUCGACGCAGGGAAGGCUGAGUACUUUGCAUCUUCCUCUACCCUGUUUGUGAUUGAGUUCAUCCUGUUCCAUUACGUCGAGAUCCGGAGAUGGCAGGACAUAAAGAACCCGGGGAGCGUCAACCAGGACCCGAUCUUCAAGCAGUACAGCUUGCCCCCUAAUGAAGUGGGUUACCCCGGCGGCAUCUUCAACCCCCUCAACUUUGCUCCCACUGUUGAAGCCAAGGAGAAGGAGCUCGCCAAUGGGAGAUUGGCAAUGUUGGCAUUUUUGGGGAUGGUGGUGCAAUACAAUGUGACAGGGAGGGGGCCAUUUGACAACCUAUUGCAGCACCUUUCAGACCCAUGGCACAACACCAUAGUCCAAACACUAAGGGGCUACUAAAUACAUUUCUAGGGCACAGGGAGAGAGAGAGAGAGAGAGAGAGAGAGAGAGAGAGAGAGAGAGAGAGAGAGAGAGAGAGAGAGAGAGAGAGAGAGAGAGAGAGAGAGAGAGAGGGAGAGAGAGAGAGAGAGAGCAGUUUGCUCUUCCUGGUUUGUUUACCGCGAUGAUCAAAUGAUGUUUAUGAGUAAUAUAUUCUGGACAUCUGUGUAAAAAGAAUUCCUCUGUACAAGGUCAUUGAUCUAGCAAUCAAUCUUUUCAUGCAAGUUUAUUUUCAA